AUGGCAGGGCCUGAUCAACAAUACGAGCCAGCAAUUGAUAAGCGGGACUUUGAUGAUCAUCGACCCCUACUCCAUGACAUCGAUGCCGGCGUCGAUGGGACUGGAGAAGGACGGCCGCGAUCUGAUUCGAGACUGUCCGCCAUCCGAAAUCUCGACGGCGGCAGUGAAGGCCUCUUGAACAAUGUGAUUGACGAGAUCGUCGAGAGAGACCGUCGUAAGAUGGCAAUGGAAGUGAUGCGUGUAUGCAGCUUUGUGGUGGGGGUGAUCAGCUGUCUUGGAGCCGGCAGCAUCACUGCCUUUUCGCUGUACGGGCCUCUUUUCCUCACUCGGCUCCAUUACAGUCAGCUUCAGGUGAACGCCGUUUCUAUCGCGGCGGAGAUCUCGAUGUACCUUCCCGUGCCAUUGUUCGGUUACCUUUGCGAUCGGUACACGCCCUCUCCGCUGGCGUUGCUAUCAGGGCUUGUCUUUGGAGGAGGUUACCUGCUGGCUGCCUUUGCAUAUAGGAGUGGCCCGCUUCCUGAGGCGGGCGGAGAAGGAUGGCCGCCCUGGGUGAUGGUUGUGGCAUUCGUUGCUAUCGGGACGGCUACAAGCUGUAUGUACCUGGCUGCGGUGACAACGUGCGCUAAGAACUUUGGUCGCGGCAAACACAAGGGUAUCAUGCUUGCCGUCCCUAUUGCGGGGUUCGGUCUGAGUGGCAUGUGGCAGAGCCAGGUAGCCACAUACGUGCUAUGUGAACGCCGCGAGGAUGGUAGCCGUGGUGACGUAGAUGUCUUCCGGUACUUUCUGUUCCUUGCCUUGUUUCUCUUCUGCCUGGGAGUCAUUGGCACUUUCGGAUUGAGAAUUGUUGACGAGGAAGAGGACAAGUACAUUGAUGAGGCUGUCGAGGAGCUCGAGCGCAGCGGUCUCCUCGAGGAAAGCGAGUUCUUCCGGCCUCGAAGCGAAGUGCAGGCGGCUUAUGGCACGUUUUCCGAGGCUGCUGACAGAGAUGUGCCGGACCCGGAGCUAUCAUUGACCCUCUCUGAAGAAGAACGUGAAGCGGCGCGACUCGAGAAGGAAAGAGAGGAGGAGGAACAGAGGAAGAAGAACUGGUUGCUGAACUUCGAAACGCGACUAUUUCUGCAAGAUCAGACCAUGUGGUGGCUUGCACUCGGCUUCUUCCUGGUCACCGGUCCAGGAGAAGCGUACAUCAACAACUUGGGCACAAUCAUUCAGACACUCACGCCGGAAUUAUACCCUCCCAAUGCUCCGCCUCCAGCAGGUCUGCCCUCUACACAUGUGACUACGAUAGCGCUCACGUCCACUAUAGCCCGACUGCUGACAGGAUCUCUCUCGGACUUCUUCGCCCCCCCGGCCACUCAUCUGUUCCCGGCAAACAUAGAAGCUGGCCGUCGCUCCUCGUCAUCAGAUUCGGCCGCAAACAGGCCCACCCUCUCGCGACUCGCCUUCCUUCUGCCCUCAGCCCUCCUCCUCUCCGUCGGCUAUCUCCUCCUCUCAUCCCCCUUACCCCUCCAGCAUCCAGGUCUCUCACACGUAACAACCGCGCUGAUAGGCCUAGGCUACGGCAGCGCCUUCUCUCUCGUCCCCAUCAUCAUCUCUGUCGUGUGGGGAGUCGAGAACUUUGGCACAAACUGGGGCAUCGUGGCCAUGGUCCCUGCUGCCGGUGCCGCGAUGUGGGGAGUCAUCUAUUCGCGAGGAUACCAGGACGCGACGGACGGCGGGAACGGCUCACCGGACGGACAGUGCCAUGGCUGGCGGUGCUACGGGUUCUGGGCCGUCGGAUGCACCCUCAGUGUGUGGGUGGCUGUAGUUGCGUGGAUACUUGCCUGGAGGGGUUGGCGACGAAGAGGCGUUGUUGUUUGA